AUGAGUCAUUCUAUUCAGAAUAAUCAUUGUGUAGAGAAAAAGCAAUAUGCACAUAUUAACACUACUACUACUACUACUACUACUACUACUACUACUACUACUACUACUACUACUACUACUACUACUACUACUACUACUACUACUACUACUACUACUACUACUACUACUACUACUACUACUACUACUACUACUACUACUACUACUACUACUACUACUACCAUCGCAGGUAUUGUCUUUCAUUAUGUCAAAAUGUUUCAUUCAUAA